UUUCCAGCUUUGGCCACGAAACCUCCCCGUUGGGAUGCCAACUACAUAGUCAAAGGCACCUUAUACAUACCCUACGCAGAGAUAGCUGAACCCUUCUAUGCCUGGUAUGAUAAGAACACCAAACGCUCACGUAUUGAUUACUAUGGUGGCAUGGUGAAAACUUACCAACUGGCCAAUGAGCAUCCUUAUGGUACUUCCCUCAAAUUGGCACCUAUUACCACUAAAACUGAACUUAACAAAGUCACAUGUCUACAACUCAAUGGCACAGCCGAAGAUCCUGUGCAAAUACAAUCCAUUUUACCUAAUGCCAAAGAAUUCCAAUUGAUAGGCACUGAAACCUUUUUAGGUUUUAAUUGUGAUAAAUUCCGUUUGGAAGAGACCAUAGGACAGAAGAAAAAUGUCUAUACAUUAUGGGUGCGUUAUAAGAAAUCGCCACAUUAUCCAGCCAGCAGAAUGCCUUUACCAGUACGUUAUGAAAUGAGAGGUUACAACACUCUCUUGGGUUCACAUUAUGAUCAUUAUUAUUUAGACUAUGAUAGUUAUGAACAUGAUGAUAUACCUAAUGAAGUAUUUGAAUUGGAUGACAAUAUGGAAUGUAUGGCUUUUCCGGGUCCCGGAAAAGGUCACUAUGCAACCUUUAAUCCUAUGCAGGAAUUUAUUCACCCCGCCUCAGAUCACCAUGUAGAGCAUGCAUUCAAUCAUUUUAAAAAUAAACAUGGGGUGGACUAUCGCACUGAACAGGAGCAUGAAUAUCGUAAAAAUGUUUUUAGACAAAAUUUAAGAUUUAUUAAUUCGAAAAAUCGUGGAAAAUUGAGUUAUACUUUGGCUGUUAAUCAUUUGGCGGAUAAGACCGAUGAGGAGAUGAGAGCUAGACGUGGUUUUAAAUCGUCCGGCAUUUAUAAUACCGGCAAACCUUUUCCCUAUAAUGUGGAGAAAUUGAGAGACAAUAUACCAGAUCAGUACGAUUGGCGUUUGUAUGGUGCGGUGACACCAGUUAAAGAUCAAUCUGUUUGUGGCUCCUGUUGGUCUUUUGGCACCAUUGGCCAUUUGGAGGGUGCAUUUUUCCUUAAGAACGGCGGUAAUUUAGUGCGUUUGUCUCAACAGGCCUUAAUCGAUUGCUCUUGGCAGUAUGGCAAUAAUGGCUGUGAUGGCGGUGAAGAUUUCCGUGCCUAUCAAUGGAUGAUGGAAAUGGGUGGUGUGCCUACUGAAGAAGAAUAUGGUCCCUAUUUGGGUCAAGAUGGUUAUUGUCAUGCUAAGAAUGUUAGCCUAGUAGCUCCUAUCACAGGCUUCGUUAAUGUCACCUCUAACGAUCCACAAGCUUUUAAGAUAGCUUUGCUUAAGCAUGGUCCCUUGUCAGUGGCCAUUGAUGCUUCACCCAAAACUUUUAGUUUUUAUUCACAUGGUGUUUAUUAUGAACCUACCUGUAAGAACGGCUUAGAUGAACUGGAUCAUGCUGUCUUGGCAGUGGGUUAUGGUACUAUCAAUGGUGAAGAUUAUUGGUUGGUUAAGAAUUCUUGGUCUACCUAUUGGGGAAAUGAUGGUUAUAUCUUAAUGUCGGCUCGUAAAAACAAUUGUGGUGUCAUGACCAUGCCAACUUACGUGGAGAUGUAAAGUUUUUAUAGCCAGCCAUCCGGCAUUUUGUUUUUUUUUUCACAACUUUUGUUUAACACUUAUUUUUUCUAUUAUAUUUUUUAUUUUUGUAACUUUUUUAAUGAAAUAAAUGCUACAAAUAUAUUAUUUAAACAAAUAAA